AUGUUAAAAUAUUUAAGAGUACGUAAUCCAGACUUUGCUGAUCGACAGUAACCUAGUAUCUUUUUCUCCACAUAUUAAAAGGUUCUAUUGAUAUCUUGGAUUUAUAUUCCGUUAUUAUUAGAGAUCAUUAAAUGGAAGACUAGCUUAAGCAUAUUUUAGUCAAAGAUACUUAUGAGUAAUGAUAAUAAAGAUAGCAUAGAUUUGAAACUAUUUUUAAGUCAAACAUAACAAAUAUGGAUAUGUAUACACAAUUAAUUCAAUAUAAUGUUGAUGCUUACAUUGAUUUACAAUCUUUUAGAUUUUUACUAAAAGGAGAUAUCAAAAGUGGUAGAACUCAUUGUUUGAUUGGUGCACCAUAGGAUCCAGGUUUAUUAUUAAUUUUUACUGGACAUGUAUUUUAUAGAUUAGAAGAAUUAAAAAAGUUAGAGAAAAAUAACACAUUUGAAAAUAGAUUUAACUAUAAAAUGUUUGUAUAAUUGAUAUUAAAAUUAAGCUAAAAUGUUAUACAAGAGAAAACAAUUAAUAUUAUGAUUUAUUAACAAAUUGUAAAGAACCUUUGAAUGAUUUUGAAAGUGUUAUUUCAUUUGAUUCAUAAUUGGCAUUCUUAAAAUUACUAAGAAUUAUUCUAAAAAACAUUGAUUAAAGAGUAUUUAUAAGUAUUAUUGAGUAAAUAGAAAUUUGAAACUGCUAAAGAAUAUCAUACUUAUUAAUAAAACUAAGGUUCAUUUAGAUUGGGUUAAGUAACAUUUGAUUUUAUACUUGAAAAAACAUCAACAACUUGGUAUGGAGUAUAAGAAAUAAAAUGUGCACAUUUUAAGUUUGAAACAAUUGAUCUUUAAACACCAACUAUUGCAUAUGAUUAAGAUAGAAUAAUCUACUUUUUAAAUCCUGCCUUAAAAUAUCAAAGUAGUACUAAAAUGAUUCUUAGAGAUUCAAAAUUUGCUAAAAUUAGCAAGUAAAUUGAAAAAAUAGAUAUAUAAAUAAUUAAGAAUAAAUUUAAUUUUAGUAAAUAUUUUUAUGUAUUUAGUUUUAAGAUCGAUUAAAAUUAUUAAAAAUAGAGAUAUUUUAAUUUAAUUAUAAUUGUUAUUUAAAUAAUUUAGAAAGGAAAUAGAAAAGCUUAAUAUAAUGUUAGAAUUAAAAGCAGAUAUAAUUGAAUAAGUACAAUAACAAUUAAAAUUGGAUAUUUAAGCAAUAGGGAAAGUCAUCACAUCAGUUGAUGUUAGAGUAAAUAGUAUAAUUAGAUUUAGGAAUUUCUUUUAUCUAAAUUUUUACUUUAUUAAGUAAGCGAAUCUUUUGACAUUUGUUUGCCUUUCUAAAAAAAAAUUGAAAAUAUUUUAGCAAAAAUAAAAAAAAUAAAAAAAUAAAAGUUUAUACUUUCUGCUGAUUAUAAUGAUAAUUGUUUAGAAACAAGAGUAUUUAAAGAUAUUAAAAGAAAUCUAUAAGAUAUUUUAAAUUUUAUUAAAGAUGAGGUUUAUAGUGAAUAACAUAGAGCAUUAAAUUAUUAAACAAUAAAAAAUCAUAUAUAAGAAGACUUUGUUUAAUAAUUGCCUGAUGUUUAAAUUGAAGAUUUAAUUCAAGUUGAAGUAACUUAAUAAAGUUCUAAUUCUUAAUUACCUUCACUUGAGCUAAAAAAACAUAAUAGAUCAAAAUAAAAUUCACUUUUCAUUGAAAAAUUUAAGAAUGAUAAUAUACUUAGUAUUGAAUAAACUUUAAAAUUAAUAAAAUAAACAGCUAGAUCUCAUUAAGGUAUUUCAACAUUAAGAAAUCAUAUACCUCGUUUGAAAACAGAUAAAUGUAGUUUGUAGUCAUCAAAAAAAUCUUAAUUAAAAUUAAUUAAAAUUGAUACAACACCAAGAGGUGUAACACUUUAAAGUCCAAUGUUUAUAAAUUUAGAAAAUUAAAAUACUUCUAUAAUGAGUUAGAAAUAAAAAGAAUUUAAAUAACCUGAAGAUUAUAAGAAAUUAAAUAGUGUAAUAAAUAAUAAUUCUAAAAUAUUAAAUACUAUGAGUUAAUUAAGUAAUGAUUAACUUCAAAAUAGUAUAAUGUCUUCAGAUGAAAUAAUUAAAGGAUUUUAAAGCAAAGUUAAACUUUAAAAAUGUAAUAAUUUUGAUAAUUAUUAGAAUAAUCUUUAUAUAAGAUGCCAAAUCUUUCUGCAAAUUACUUAAACUGUUUAGAAAGAAUGCUUAAUUUAGAAAUUAAAAGUAAACAAUGA